UUAUGCAUUACCCUAAACACUACCCUAAGAAGGAUCCAAUUACCCUAGUUUAGGGUAUUUUACCCUAAAAUGGAAGCACUGUAGCCAACAUACGAUACAAUAUUAUCCCGUUUGCGCAAUAUAUUUUCAAGUUUUUGAAAAUCACAAUAUAUUGCACAACCUUUCAAUAUUGCCCACACGAUCAAUUAUACUGCGCAAACCAAAAUAUUGCGCAAUAACAUUGAACGUCUAGGGGCCGCUAGAGAUAUAGCUUUAUCUUCACUCUAGCACGCCCUUCAGUCCUAUGAACGACAUGAUUAUGGUUUGACAUGUUUCCUUCCUUUGUGACACGUGCUCGGAAAUGGCCCUUUCACUCUGUAAUAGUAUACCACCCAUCUGAUAACGCCUGCCACCAUUGUUAACCUCCGUAUGACAUUUGAACCUUAAAGAACACAUGUUGCAAUGUCCUGUCAAGAUUAAUUCAGCCACUUGAUCAUUUUCUAAAAAAAAAAAAAAAAAAAACAAUAGGAAAACUAUUGCAUUUUCUUUUCCUAUAUGUAUAAGUUACCGUAGUAGUGCUGGGUGAACUCUGAAGAACAAACAUCGGUGUGCACUUCAUCAGCAGAGAAGAACCGUACAGUCCGUACUUUCUGCUUGAUAGGGGAAAAUGAAUUUGUUCAAGAAAAUGUGUCCUGUCAAAAGGAAAGAGCUAUAUGUUCCACAGAGAGAAUUAGUCAUUUCCUCUCCCACGGGAGUGACACAUCCAAUACACAUCGUCAUCGACAAGGAGACCAAUUGUUUAAAAGGUGUGCCUCCUGGCUGGAGAGAGCAGAUGGAUAUUAUAACUGGUAAAUGUGCCGUGAAAGAUGAUCGUGAAGCUGUGCGAUCAAUAAUGACAUUUCUGCAAGCGAAAGGGAAUCCUGAAGCUGGUCUCAGCAGUGAUGUUCCUGAAUUCUUCAAUGCUUCAAUCAGUAAGCCACCAGGUCCCUGGGAUGCAAAUAAUGGGGAAACUACGGUAAAGACAGUCGCCAAAGGUUCUCCUACUAAAGACGAAGAAAAAAAAUGUUGGUCGAAGUGGAGGAGCUGAACUCACACAGUCCUCAGAAGUGAGUGACGAAGUCUUCCCCAGAGAUUAACAAGACAGUGAAGAACGCAAUACACAAGCCAGAAAGUGUAGCAAAAGGUGGUGAAUCUCGAAGACGCAAAUGAUCACUUUGGUGAAUAUGUAGCCUCACAACUUAGGUCAUUACCAUAUUAUGUGGUCUGAAAUAUUGAAAGGUGAAAUACAGAACACAAUAACAAAGGUCGUGCUGCAGUCCCGCGCUACACAUCCUAUCUAUUAUAUAGUAUAAAUAACACCAGCACCUUGUUUUCCUUUAGGUCAUUACCUAAUAUGUGGUCUGAGAUACUGAAAGGUGAAAUACAGAACACAAUGACAAAGGUUGUGCUGCAGUCCUGCUUUACACACCCAUGUGUAUGUAAUACAACUAACACUAACAUCUUGUUCUUCUUCCCUCACCACUCACAGCUUACCACGACACAAACACCAAGUCUCACGCGCUUGUUUUAUUACAGCCUUCUAUACACACACAGUCAACUCAUGAAGCCAUAUCUUCACCAUAACUCCGUUAAAAGAUCAUAUAGCCUACACUUGUGUUACGUAUAUCUCUCUUCUCCCAUCUAUAUUCUCUGAUCCCCAGCAUUACGAAGAUAAAUACGUAUACUGUUUGUAAGACUAUGAACAAUAUUAUCAAGUGAGGAAUAGCAUAAUAAUUAAUGUGCUGCUGAGUUGCUGCUGAUAUCCACACACACACACACACACACACACACAUUAUAUACAAAUUCUACACUAUAAUCUUUAAUUAAUCUACUACGAUUAUUCAUUAUAUUUUGUACAAAACCGUAUACCUGUAAUAUUUUGUAAUUAUGAUAUUGUAUAAUAUAUAGUCAUUACUUCGUCUUAUAUUCAAGGACAUACUACAUCAACAUUAAUAAAUUCAUAUCUAACUUGCAGUCUCAUUUAUUUCUUUUAUUUUUUUUCCCUUUAAUGCGUCUCUUUCAGUGAUUGUGCGUUACAUGAGAAAGAAAGAAAAAUGUCUAAAAAUAACAUUGAUUUAUUGGGUAAAAAGGUUAUAGCAAAGAUUUGUGGAAAUGGCUACUGUCAGGUAAUAAAUGUGAAUAAUGAUUAAUGAAUGUGAUAGUUUCAAUGAAGAGGUUCAUUAUCUCACAGCCAGAUGAAAAUAAUAAGAUUUUAGGGGAGUUCUAUUGUUUCGAUUAUGAUGGUAAUUAUUUGCAAAUUUGUACGUACUUCUAAAAUAUGUUAUAUAUCCUAAUACAUAUGUUGUGUCUUUCUGUGAGGCCUCUCUCGUUAAUUAAUUGUCUUAUUUCUUACAUACCCCUUGUUUCUGUACUUCUCUCGUUCAUAACUCUU